AUGGAUACGUAUGUUAAAAAUCUGCUCAACGGUUGGAACAUGCCGGAACUGAUAAAAGUGUUUCAAGAGGAGGAAAUCGAUGAAGCUGCCUUCAAGUGCCUCAAGUACGACAUGAUCAAGGAGAUAAUACCACGCAUUGGUAAGCGGGCCAAGUUCCUGCAGCGGUACGAGGAGUACAAGGAGAACCUAACGGAACGACCCGCCUUUGCGGAGCUGCAGAUCGACGAUAAGGAUCGUUUCCCACCAGCCUCACCACAAAAACCAUCCCGCAUAGACUGGGGUCGAAUAGAGAAAGUGUGUGGUCCGGUACCGAUCUACCUAAAGAAUCUGCUCAAGAUGUGCGGUUACGAGGCGGAAAGCAGUCUACGCAAUUUGAACGACGACGACUUUAUCGACAUGGAACGAUUUGCCCGGGAAGAACUCAUCCAUCUCGUCCCAGCAACGCAGUUCUAUUUUCACAUCUUCUGCAGUGACCCGGCGCGCGAAUUUCGGCUCGUUCCAGGCCACCGUAAGCUGCUGCUGCAGAUUAGUGCCUAUCUGAACUACACCAAGGUGGCUAGUGAAAUUCAACGGCCAGAACCAGCGCUGCGCAUACCCGCUAACGAACUUACAAUUCAGCGGGAACGCGAGCGUGAACAUCGAUUGUUAAUCGCGCAGCAACAGCAACAGAAGGAACACCAUCAGCAGCAGCAGAAAGAGCAACAGCAGCAGAAAGAGCACCAGCAGCAACAACUCCUACAGCAGCAACAGCAAUUGCUACAAGAGGUGGUACGGAUGCAUCAGCAACCACUCUCCGACAUGCAUGAGCAGAUGCUGAGCGAUAUAAAAAUUUCGCACAAAAACUCUCCGCUCGCGUUCGAGCAGGCCACGGUGUUCCCACCGCUAAGCGACGAGGAGCGCAUCAAGAAGAUUCAGGGCUGCAUCGUGAAGCUGAUCGAUAUGUGGAGCGAAAAGCAACCGAUCAAGCUACAGAUCUCGGAGGAAAUGAUCAACGUGACGUACGAGAGCAAUGGCUACAACGCAUUCAUCAAGUGUCCCAUGUGUGCGGUACAGAUAAAGGUGUCGAAACUGCCGACGAAGAAGGGCGAUCGGUUUGUGAUCUCCAACUUCUCGAAGCACAUAAUCAAGAUGCAUUUUUCUCAGCUUAGCGAGGGUGCCGGUGGUGGUGGCGGCGGGGGCGGUGUAGGAGGCGGCGGUGUUGGUGGUGGACACGGCGGGACGGUUGGUUCCGAGCGACAUAUAAGCAUGGACAAUGUGUCCUCGUACUAUGGUGGGGAGAACUCGGAUAGCAACACCUACCCGUACGAUGAUUAUGGAUCGGGCAAAAGGCAAAAGCUGGAAGAGGACGAUGACGAGAUGGACCCAUUGCCACCACACUUGCUACAUCCGUUUGUUAGCAUUAAGGACGAAAUCAUCGAUCUGGAUGCGUAGCUGACGAGGUCC